AUGAUCAUCCCGGACGAGAGGUUCGCGAGCUUAGAGGAGGGUAUCAGGUCGUCGCAGCCUAACAGGAGAAACCAGGACAAGCUCUUCGACAGAGUGCACGAGAAGUGUCUCGACGUUCGGAUCCAGGGACCCCUUCGAGGCGGUGAUUCGUCGGAAGGGACGACCGCGAGCGGCUCUCCGUUCGCGGCACCACCUCCGGCCGUGCCGCCGCGAAGGAGUCCUUCGUCCGAUCCGAAGCCACCGCCACGACCGCCGCCCAAGAGAAGCGCUGGCGUGGCCGCGCCGGCAGCUUCGGACGAGAACGGCGUCGACGACGAAGCCGAGCUACAGAGGAUCACGGAGCGCAUUGCUGGUCACGUCAAUCUGGCGAUAGCGGACGCACCGUGUCCGGAGUCCCUGCAGCCCCCCGAGCCCGUCCUCGGGAGGGUCGGAGCGGGCUCCACCGAUGGCGGCGCGGGUGCGAGCUCGUCGACGGCGGCAGCUGGACGGCCGGUGUCGUGGACGAGCCUGUGCUCGAGCCCCGAGCUACCCUUGCCUUCUCCUCCCCCGCUGCCUCCGGCGGUGCGAGACCUGUGCUCGCCGCCCGCGGAGGACGACGACGAGCCCCUGCCGCCGCCGCCGGACGACCUUGAGCACGUCGCGCAGCAGCAGCCGGGUUCGGUCGCCGUCCAGGACUGCGACCCCGCGGACCCCAGGGUGUACCCCAAAGACUCGUACAUGUGGUACCGGACCGAGAGGAAGCCAGGUCGCCAGGGCUUCCAGGGCAACUACCGACGCAGCUACCACGGAAGCGGAGGCGGUGGCGACUCGGGUCCCGACUCCUGUCCGGGCUCGGACCAGGGCUCCGAGUUCACUUCGGAGGAAGCCAGUUCUGAGUCAUCUUCUUCGUCCUGUCCCUCGUCGCCGCUCACUUUCCCGCCGCACUCGUGGCCCUCUCCGGGCUCUGCGGCUCCUCAACCCGCGACGACUACACCUAGUCAGGACUCCUCGUCGGCGAAGGCUCCUCAGUGCGAGCCCGCGGACUCUUUGAAUAACAACAGUAGCUCGACGAGCACCACUACCGUCACCACCACCAGCACAGGUACCGCCACUGCUGGCGGCAACAUCAACAACGUCAACAACAACAACACGCUGCCUCCAACGACCACGGGUGGCGAGCAAGUGGCGUGCAACGGGUGCCACGAACAUUGGACGUCGUCGUCAUCGACGAGCACGAUUACGGCGAGCGCCGGUUCGCCGCCGACGUGCCGCCGCACCAACUCGGCGACCCAGACGGGACCCGACGACGAGUGGUCGGUCCAGCUGCGGCGGCCCGCCCCGAAAAGCCAGGAGGAGCUGGAGUGCGAGCGCUUGUCGCAGGACUUCGCCUCCCGGUACGGGGACGCCGCGCUGCGCUCUCUACUCGUGCCCAGUCCAAACCAGAAGACGACGUCCGACUACCUGGAAGGCCUGUUCGACGGUGACGUCAGUCAGAAUGGCCAGCUUGAUUCCUCGCUCCCCAGGCGGCGCAGCUCGGUGGCUACUUCGCCGCAGCCUUCGCCGCAAACUACUUCAUCAUCACCAUAUCUUAUCUCCAACACAGGGAACAACGCGCUCAGGGACGAGAAUCUUCCCGCGAACAGUGCCUACUACACGACAUCCGAACCGAAGGCCAAGUUUCUGACCAGGUUCGGAUCUGACAUCGGCAAACAGGAGUGGACCUCCGACAGCGAGCUGUCCGCUAAGAAGGAGGAGCUGAUGGCGAGCAUAUCGCGCAAGCUGGACGUUCUCCGCUCGGCGCGGCUGAGCCUCCGCGAAGAGGCCUUGCAGAACGAGCAGCUGGGUCGCACCCUGGGCAGCCGCGUCGACCAACUGGCGCGGCCCGCCGAGCGCGACAAGUACCGUCUCCAUGUCGACGAGCUCGACAAGAUCGUCAGCCUCAUCCUGUCCCUGUCGGGCCGUCUGGCACGCGUUCACAACGCACUGGCUGGACUCGCCGGCGCCGACGAGCCCACCGCACAGGAGAGGAGAGCACUGGAGUCUAAGCGCGACAAGCUGAGCAGCCAGCACGAGGAGGCGCGCCGGCUCAAGGAGAGCAUCGACCGGCGCAGUCGGCAGGUGGCCCAGUUCCUGCGCAAGUACCUGACACCUCAAGAGUACGCCGACUACGACCACUUCGUGCGCAUGAAGUCCAAGCUGCUCGUGGACGCACGCGAGAUCGACGACAAAAUCCGGCUCGGCGAAGAACAGCUGGCUGCGCUCAGGGCAGGAACCGUGGCCACGGCGUCCUGGAAGUCCUUGGCUUCGUCCUAGGGCUAACACCCGACGAAAACGGUGCCCUCACGCUGGGCCGUGGCACCGCGAAUCUUUGAGACUGGAGUGGUUGCGAGGCACUAGAGACUGUCACAUCGUGGUAUACAAGUGAAGCUUUUGAAGAAUUCGAGGUGUCUGGGGCACUAAACCUGAUCAGCAUACUUUCUUAUAGAAUCUUGCAAGUCACUAGUCUUGAUGUCAUUGCCUUCUUGUGGGUCAAAUGCUCAUUAUUUGCAACACUUUAAUAUACUUUCAAGCACUAUAAGAGAAGUUAGAGUUAGAGCUUUGACCCACUGAGAGCAUUGCAGAAGUCCUGCUGCACAACCUGGCAGUAGCUCUACUCCUGAAAUCAAGUGGCUUGAGUGUUGUUAACAAGUAAUCUGUGUUGGUUGAAAGUAAUGCAUCAUUGUUCAUGUCUGUUGAUUGUAAUCCAUGUCCAGAAGUACCAGGAAAUAAAUAUUAAUGAUUAGUGAAAUGAAGUAGGUCUUAAAUGGAGUUGAUUUCUGAUUUCAAAAGCAUCUGUCUCAGGUAGGCUCAGCAUUAUAAUGUCUCAUAAGGCAGGUCAGCGUGACCCUUGCAUGUUUUCUUUCAUUAAGGAAAGCUUUCUUCUGUAGAUUAUAGGUCGUCAGUGCUACUAAGCAACAAAGUUCUAUUGCACUUUACACAAAAGGAAGGACAGUAGAUGAAACUGUAAUGAGUAUUAAUGGCGUUCGGCGUCAGCUGGCCUUUAAAAGGGCUGCAAAUGUGGGGAAGCAUGUCUUCUGAAAUCAGUGCAAUGAUGUGCCUCAAGCCUCUUCAGUCUCUCUGAUUCGCGGCCGCCUCGUGUACAUAAGUCACCCCAGCGCCAACUGCUGCGUCAUUGCCUGUCCAAAGUGAACACCACGAUCCCCACAUCCCCACGACGGCAGCGAACGACCAGCCGCGCGAAGUCGCACCGCGGUCUUUGAUGGAAAGUCUCGUGCGUGCUUUCCUCAGUCGCCGAGAGGAUGUGGUGACUGCGUGACUCGGUUCGUGAGGUGCCUGAGUGCUGCAGUGACUCAUUUUUCUGACUGCCCUCCUAGUGCCAUAUCAAGUUUUUCACAUCCCCACGUCCCCACCCCUCUCCACAGUCGUCUCCCUGUUCCUCAAAGUGGUUCCUGGAGGUCCCGCAAUAAUUUUUGCUUCUGUUACUGGGUUCUUGUGCAUUUGACUCCAUGUUAUUUCUCGUUUUGUGAAUUUUAGCACUGUUUCGUGAACAACACCAUUUCGUGUGUUUUGCCCCACUUUUUUCUCAUCUGCCAUUUUUGUCAAAGAUAUCUGGCUUCUCGCUUUGCAUUUAUUUACUCACUGAACGGGUUACUAGAUGGCAUGAUCGACUGCUUGUUAAGAUUGAUAUUUCUGGAUGCGAAAGGGGGCCGGGGUUUUAGAGUAUGAUGGGCUAAAUAGGCCUCUUUUUUUUGUGUGCUAUUCAUUAUUAAGCUUCAAAGCGAGCCUGCAGAGUAUACGACGUGCUCUUACAUCGCACAAACUUGAACUAAACUGCUGUUUUCGGCUAGCCUAAUGACAAUGUUUUAAGUGAUCCAGUGACACCUCGGGGAAUCAAGACAGUGUCGAAAAUUCACGCAUUUGUUACAGCGAUAUGUUUGCUUACAACAAUGCCAAUUCCAUGUACUUAAUAUAAGCGUUUGGUGUUGCGCUGUCACCUGUAUUGUUUCCCAUGUAAGCACGCCUUUGUCUAUUCAAACUACUUUUGAACAAUCACAGGGCAGCUUCUGCUUCAAGAAAUGCAGCAUUUCAGCAUUCUCAACACAUUUUUCUUGUCUCCAUUGUGAAGAGGGGAAACAUGUAUUUUUUUUUUUCUUGCAUAUGGCACUUUUUUUUUUUGUCGUCAUUGUGUAUAUUUAUGCAGCUGCCAUUGCAUCGUUACACUACUUUUUUUUUCUUGGUUUUGGUUGGGGUUACCGCCUCUCCCCUCUUUACCCUUUUUUUAAACGCUUUUAAUUUAUUUUUCUCGCUAAUUUACAAAUGCAUAGGUCACUAUAUACAAAUAAUUAGGAGGGGAGGGUCGGUUGUCGUCUCUUGUGGCGGCAGGUACUGCGUUUCUAGUGUGAUAAAGAGUGAGACACUCUAGGUGGAGUCAUGUAAGCACUCUGUUCGAUCGUUCGCGAUGGUUGAGUGAGGAGGUGAAGUGUGAAUAGUGUUUGUCUCGAAUGGAGUUCUGCGCACAUGUGUGUGUUUGCUUGCGUGCGCAUGGAUAUAUAUUCUUUGUGCUUGAGUGCCGCCUCUGUUAUUGCCCUCUGCCAUGUCCACUUUCCUCGCCCGUUCCUGUUUUUUUUUUUUUUUUUUUUUCACCUGGAUCGUUUCCAGGACCAGAAAAUGAAUGAUGGUAGGCGUGACAGGUCCAACGCUGUUGUAGAGUGUUACAGCGCGCGCGUUUACCCCAUGGCUGUCCACUUAACAGUAUUUUUGUAGAACCCCUUUUAAAAAAAUAUCACUGAGAGGAGGAAUAAGUGUUACACCUUCCGAGGAACGCGCGAUGCUUCUUUGGCUGCGUCGUUGGACGGUUCGAGGAUCCCGUGUUUUUUUUGUACAAAGCGACUCAAGAACUACCGGCAGCUGUUGUUCGCCGCCCGCGUACUUUAAAACAAAAAUGUUGGAGGCGCCGCAGCUUACGUGGGUGGCGACGCGUUGCGGCAGUUGACCUGUGCUUACUUUGUUUCAACCAUUUUUUUUUCUUCUACCGUAACACCACAACGGUUGCAUGAAGGCGUGCGCGUGCGUGGUCCGCAGUCAGCGGAUCGCGUUGUACCCGCGGCGUGUCCUUCGAUUCUUAAACGUGUAUAUAUAUUGACAGAAAAGCCACAUGACAAAAUGGCCAAGUCUGUGAUUUCAAUAAAAAGCCACAUUGCUGUGCA